AUGAAUUAUAACAUUCCACCACCAGGGAAACUUCGUUUUUCUUCACGAUAUCGAUGGAUUGCUCCUCAAUCGUCUGUCUUUCCUCUUCAUUUCGAAAGCAAAACAAGUGGCGAAUCAAAUUCACCGCAGAUUUCUAGUAGUACCGAUCCAGAGAAUUUGUGCAGUGUUCAAUCUGCAAAAUGUCAAAACAAGCUCAAUGUAAGCGUAGAAAAUGAAAAAACUUCAAAUUCUCCACUAACAGAUAAGCCCAUAAAAGUCUCAUUGUCGUCUAAUGUGUCAUCUACUAUGUCAUCUACAUCUUCAUCGGUUAAAGAGAUGAAUAGCUCCGGAUGCUUACCUCCAGCAAAAAGCAAUAGCAGUUGUAUAUCAUUGCAAAUGCCUCAAGAAGUGAAAAGGAAUACUGCAACAGAUAGAGGCAACAGUAUUGGCAAGGACAAUAGGCUUACGACAACUUAUCUUGGGGUUUCACAACCCAUUUCAAUUUCGGGACCGGAUGAAUUUGAUAUUGUCAUGUCGACAAAACUAGAUGAAUAUUUGCAAGCAAAUGGUUAUUUUGAAACAGAAGAGGAAAUGAAUUUACGUCUUAAAGUGCUUAGCAAAAUCAACGCAUAUGUGAAAAAAUGGGUCCGCAUCGUAUCUAAAAGAAGGCAAAUGCCUGAUUCUGAAAUUCAAAGCGUUGGUGGAAAAUUAUUUACUUUUGGAUCAUAUCGACUUAAUGUACAUACUAGAGGAGCUGAUAUUGAUUCACUUUGUGUAGCGCCGAGACAUGUGGAUCGGAACGAUUUCUUCACAAGUUUCUAUGAAAUGCUUGCUGAGGAUCCAAAUACAACGGAAUUACGCCAGGUUCAGGAGGCUUUUGUCCCCGUAAUCAAAUUAAAAUAUUAUGGUAUUGAAAUGGAUAUAUUAUUUGCUCGCCUUGCUCUACCGAGAGUGCCAGAAGAUCAGCAGUUGAACGAUGAUUCGAUAUUGAGAAAUUUAGAUGAGAAAAGUGUUCGUUCGUUAAAUGGCUGUCGCGUUGCUGAUGAAAUAUUACGCCUAGUACCCAAUAUAUCAAAUUUUACAUAUGCACUGCGAGCCAUUAAACUUUGGGCGAAAAAUCAUGGCGUAUAUUCUAAUGUUCUUGGUUAUCUUGGCGGUGUAUCAUGGGCUAUACUUGUUGCUCGAACAUGCCAGUUAUAUCCAAACACUGGGCCAGCAAGACUUGUGCAGAAAUUUUUCUUAUUAUACACAAAAUGGGAAUGGCCACAUCCAGUAGUCCUUAAGGAAACAGAAGUUUCACACGCACGUGAUAUGCCGUCUUUACAAGAACUUGUUUGGGAUCCGCGAUCAAGAAGUGGUGAUCGGUUUCACCUUAUGCCAAUCGUGACACCAGCUUUUCCGCAACAGAAUUCAACAUUCAAUGUAACGAAGUCUUCGCUAAAAAUCAUCAUGAAUGAGAUCGAAGAAGGUCUUGUUACUAUUAACGACAUAAUGAAAGGAAAGACUGGAUGGUCAGCAUUGUUUGAAGAAGUUAAUUUCUUCAGUCGUUACAAACAUUUCCUAGCACUUCUUUGUUUGUCGGCGACAGAGCAAGAUGAAUUGGUGUGGUGUGGACUAGUUGAAUCUAAAAUCCGAUUUUUGAUUGCGAGUUUGGAACGUCGCGAAAGUAUCAGGGUGUGUCAUGUACAUACAAAAUAUUAUCAGCCACGAAAUGAUCCUUUUCCGGUUCAAGUUUCUCUCCAGAAUCCUCGAUGCCGGCUUUGGUUUAUUGGAUUAGAUUUGAAUAAAACUGUAAGCAGGAAAAUUGACAUACAGCAUGAAGUUCAAAGUUUUAUGGAUCUUCUGAACAGCAUGGCUACUACUCAAAAUAUAUACGUAGAAGGAAUGAGUGUAAUACCACAUUAUCUUCGUAAAGCAGAACUUGUAAAAUGGUUGAAAAUGGAAGACCUAACUAGGGGAAAGAAAGCACCAAAAAGGAGACGAAUAGCAACUUCUCAAAAUCAACAGGCUACAGGUCCAUUACAAAAUAAGACGAGAAGUGAAACAUCAAGCAUUGCUUCUUGUAACUCUUCGGGAGCUGCAUCGCCUUCCACGUCAUUAUCUGGGACGGAAGUCAGUAAAAAUGUACAAAAUGAUUUAGCAAUGUCAUCAACAGUUUCAGUACCAACAGUCUCAGGCUCUGCAGAGGCAGUUUCUAAAUCGGAGAUAAGCAUCUCGAGCUGCACUGACAUUCCUAUCGGUUCAAAUUCAGUGGAAAGGAAGCUAUCGAGUGAAGCCAGCAGAAUAGUUCUUCACAGCCACUCAGCUAUUGAAGCAAUUGACAACCAAUGUCCUGCUACGCAAUGCCUCGUGAGUGAUGGCCAAAAUAGUGAAUUACAACUUUUGGUGAAUAAUGAUGAAACGAACCCGGUAAGAAGUAUUAGAAUAAUUGAAAUUGCUAGAAUUAUGUUACAAAUUGAUCUGAUGACAGCAGUGCCUUUAAAUCUGGUUUAUCAACUUGAAUUCAUUUUCAUUAAAUUAAAGCAAAAAAAUAAUGGAAGAAAAAGAUCAGCGGAGAGGAAUACCGAAGAUGCAGAAACAGCGCCAACUCAACUUAAAAGGUGUUCAUUCGCAGAAACAAAUCUUGCCUCUCCAGCAAACGUGGAAACGGAACAAACUAAUCGGAGUUUACUUGAUUCGGGUUUCAAUGGUGCUGGUGCUUUAUAA